AGCACUAUUCUUCACAAUCUGGCGGCAUUCCCGAUGUAAACAGUGCAGCUAGUCGUUCAUUUUCUCGUGUUUUCGUUUAUAAAAUUUCAAUUUGACAAUAAAUUGCCAGUGAGUUCCAACCUGAUUGGCGCUCUUAAACUUGUCAGUGGGGGGGUCACUUUUGGGAGGCUUGGGAUUUCGACAUGAAUGACGACUAUGUGCUCGCCCUGCAGCUUCAGGAGCAGUUCGACAAUGAAGCGAACGACGUGGAGAUGGACACCGGGCCGCUUGUCCCCUGGAAGCCCGAGAGGCCGCUGUCCGUCGUGGACGGGUCGUGGGAGACGCUGGACCCCACACCCGACGUCCGCGCGAUGUUCCUGGAGUUCAACGACAGGUUCUUCUGGGGCAAAUUGAAUGGGGUGGAGGUCAAGUGGAGCCCCAGGAUGACACUGUGUGCAGGUGUGUGUUCUUAUGAAGGACGUGGUGGACUUUGUUCGAUCAGACUCAGCGAGCCUCUGCUCAAGCUCAGACCCCGUAAAGACCUGGUGGAGACCCUGCUGCACGAGAUGAUCCACGCGCUGCUGUUCGUGACGCAGAACAACCGAGACCGCGACGGCCACGGGCCCGAGUUCUGCAAGCACAUGAGGCGCAUUAAUAAACACAGCGGCGCCAACAUCACGGUGUUCCACAGCUUCAACGACGAAGUGGACGCAUACCGCCGGCACUGGUGGCGCUGCGACGGGCCAUGCCAGACGCGCAAGCCCUACUUCGGCUUCGUCAAAAGGGCAAUGAAUCGGGCCCCCUCAGCCCAGGACCCCUGGUGGGGGGACCACCAGAGGACGUGCGGGGGUACCUACACCAAAGUGAAGGAGCCCGAGGGUUAUGGCAAAAAGAAGGAGGCCAAGAAGGUGCCCGCCGUUGAAAAGCCAGCAGGAAGUCGGGACAUUCGGGAUGUGAUGGCUUUCAGCGGUAAAGGCUUCGUCCUGGGCGGGACCUCAUCCUCCUCUGUGAUGAAGUCAGCUGGCCCCGCCUCCUCCACUGCCAGUAAACCCGUCACACCGUCGUCGCCUUCGGGGCGAGUCUUUCCCACCGUCAUAGCGCCGGCGACGCAGGGUCACAAGGUGCCCGCCAAGAAAUCGGUCGCUAACAUUAGAGCCUUUGUCAACAUUAACGGGUCGCCGGUUAAGAUCCAAAGGCCUGUUCGCGAUAACGCCGUUGGCGGUACCGGGGAAGGUGGCAACGUUAGCAUCGGCGACGGCAAUCCUGGUCUCAGCAAGCGUGAAGAACCGGGCGGACUGAAGCAGAAGUCCGUUGAUAUGUUCUUCAACAAGUCUCCCAAUUCAGUCAUCACCAAAUGGCCGACUCCAUCCACUUUUAAUAAUAGCGAUACGUCCAUGUCCUCGCCCAAGUAUUUGUCGGGCAACACCGCCGCCAACACGCCUCAGUCGAAGAAGAGACCUCUGGACGACCCUACUGGCAUUUUUGAGCUCUUCAACAAGAGGCUGAAGGUGGAGACCAUAGACCUUAUGGAAUCGCCCCCAACAAGCAGCCACGCCGCCGCCGCCGCCUCAUCCUCGUCUUUGCCGGUGAUGGUCAUGUGUCCCGUGUGUCAGGCCAGCGUGCAGGAGUCAAGCAUCAACCAGCACCUGGACUCCUGCCUCUGCUGAGCCGUGAGGAUGAGGCACUGUUAGAAGAGAGGUAUUAGUUUCUAAAAAAAAUAUUUUUAUUAUUGUGCUUGUGGUUUCCACACUGUUCAAGGCACUUUCAAGGUUUGCCUUCAAGAAGAGACGCGUUGCUUUUUACUUGAAGUCUUUGUCGGCCAACUUUUCCUACCAAAGAUUUUGAUACACAAUUAUAAAAACACUGCGUUGUUGUGGCUGCUGUUCAGCAGGAAGAGACUCGCUGGCUUUUGGCGAGACUCACGUUUUCUUCCUGUUCAUUCAUUGCAUGUUAUUAAAUAUACUUUUUACAUGUUUGUACAAAUUUGUAUAUUGUUAAACUUUUAUGCGUUUUCACAGAAGUGUUAAUAAAGUUUUUUCAAUGCAAUCUAUA